CCCGUCAUCAUGCUGGGGCUGUUGGCCUACUCAGUCAGGCUAUUGGGUUACAGCUUCCUGUCUAACCCGUGGUGGUCGUUGGUUUUGGAAGCACUCGAGGGUGUAGCAAAUGGACUCAUGUUCCCUGCAGGAAUUAUGUACUGCACUGUCCUCUUCUCUAUGGAGACCAUCACUUCUUCCAGAGGAUUAAUGGGCUUUACCUACUUUGGCAUUGGAAAACUCGUUGGCACCGUCGUCGGCACCGAGAUUCGAGAGUCGCUGGGCGAUGUUCAAACAUUCCGAUGGCUCUCGGGCGCUGCUCUUGUUGCGACCGUGUUAUAUUGCGUUGGGUUUGCAGCUCUAAAGAGGAAGAGUAGCAGGGCGGCCGCGGCUCCACAGCUGGCGCCGCCGAACGGAAAGCGAGACCUGGGCGGCAUAGACAACCUGGCAAUGGAGUCCGGUUCCCAUUAAAGGCCUCACGCAAAUAUAUGGAGAGAGGUUACUACCAUAAC